AUACACGGCGCACAAAAAAAAAAGUAGGACUACUUAAAUUAGCAAAAUUUCUUACACAACAAUACUGACAACUUUGAUUUCAAGCCCAACGGUGUGUUUUUGGAGAAAUUCUUUUUUUUUUUUUAAAGAUCAGCUUUAACUUUUUCAUUGUCCAAAAUUUAUUUCCAUCGAGACUCAUUUUCUAAAGGGUUUCCCAACAUUGUAACAUCAUUGAACUAGUAGUAUAAUAAUUAAAUAUAGGAGUAAUCUUCAUUUUUGAUUAGGCAUAGUUCUAUUUUUAGAUCUAACUAGUUUUGGAAUAUAUUCUUUCUUUAGCUUUGAAGAAUAAUUGAUUAGCAAGCUAAAAUGGAAGAGUGGUUUCUACUAUACUGAGAAAUUUGAAAUCGGUGAGUGUAUUGACCGGAUGCCCUGAGAUUGAACUUUUGCAAGGCAGAUAACCCCUUUUGUCUUUGUUAAAGGUAAAGGAGUGAUUAUUUUCUGUGCCCUUCAAUUAACCGUUAAGUACUUCAAUUAAUGUGCAACUAAAUUUGAUCAUGAGUUGGAUCCAUAGGAGAGAUGGGGACAUUUCCAUAGCACACCAACUGGAAAAGAUUGGUGUUCCUUUUGACUUUUAUUGGUUUUUCUGUUAUUCUUUGCAUAAUACUACAUUCUUAGACCCUGUUUCAUCUUCUCUCAGGUAUGUACAGACCUGAUUUGUCUUCUUCUCAAGAUGGAUGAUCUAUCACGGGGCAACUCUGAGUUCCUUCCACUUCAGUUAUGGCUAAAUGGACGGGCAUGGAAAAUUAAGAGAUUUAAUUUUUCCUUAGGAAUCACUCUUUAUUUUGAAUGUGAACUUUUUUACUUUGCAGGUAGAAUGUAGGAGAUUAAUAAACGUAUUUAGAAUGCAAUUUUGAAUGAGAUACUUGGCUGAUAUGAGAUUAAUGAAUAUUUUUUUAUCUU